UGCCUGGGAGAAUAUCUCAGGACGGCACAAAGUGGCUUAACUUUUUUAUUAAUACACAAAGAAUACAGGAAAAAUUGCCAGUAUGUCGGCCGAUGAUUUUGAGCGUAGGCCCUCGCAUCGCGAGAGUCGUGGCAGUGUGGGUGGUCUCAGUUUGAUGUCAAACAAGUCGGCUGCCUCUGCCCUGCGAGGACACACCAUACCCGUACAUCGAACACCAAAGUCCGUGGACAUGGCCCGUGUCUCUGGUUUGAAAACGGAAGUGGAGCACUCACUCAGCAAAUCCAUGUCCAGUGUGUUCAGGCAGAGCACCACGAGUAGGCGGUAUAUGGAUACCACUCAGCUGGACCACGAAGACUGGGUGCUGCGUCAAAGACAUUUCAAGGACGAGGCGGAUGUCAGUCAACACCCCAGCUACAACAUUAAGUCGUUCUCCUACGAUCUGAAUUGCUAUGUGAGAUAUUUGGAGGCAAAGGAGAAGUACGACAGGCAAUUCCACCGUGAAAUGCAAUUCUUUAUAACUAGUCAAUCUAAGGCUAUCAAUCAGUUUAUAUUAAGGCGCAUCUUCUGCUACAAUAGUCAGUGGCCUCCACUGCAUACACAACGGGAAUUAAACCGAUUUGUUACAAAGUUCUUUCAGCUGACACCCAAACAAAAGGCUCGCGUGAAUUAUCUGAUGAAAACCGAUCUGAGUGUGGGAUCGUAGACCCUCAAGAGAGAGAGCAACAACAGAGCGCAGAAAAAGCAUUGAUAAAAUUACAAAUGCAAUUGUGCUGAUUAUUCCAAAUGAAAAUUGUUUAAUUAGCACAUUUGUAUUCGCAAUUAUGUUAAGCAAUUUCCACAUAAUUAGUCUUUGAAAAAAAGCUACGCUUCACAAACAAUAAAUAUAAUUCUCAUUGAAU